AUGCCUCUUCCAAAUGCCCAGCCGGUCAAGCUUGCCCCUAACCUGACCAUUCAUGCACCACUUUCCCGACAUGGAGCAGGCCCGGGAAUGUUGAUUAUUCGAUCCCCGGUGAGCCCUGAUCAGCGGAAUGGGGAAAGGAAUUUAGACCCAGAGCCGCUCCAAAAGUGGGCCGAAGAAGGGUUUGUCACAGUCGAGAUUGAAGUAUCAGAGAGCUUUCAAUCAAUUGAAGAUGGCUUGCAUCAGGCAUUGGGCGCAUUGAGCAUUCAUGACAAGUGCAUCAAGAAAGCCUGCUACGGUCUCAUAGUCUAUUCGCCAUCUUCAGUCCCGGACUUGACACCCAUUAUCAAUAAAAUGGACGAAAUAAAAGCAGUCGUCUCAUACGGAGCUCUACUGGAACGGACUGAGAAGCCACAGCUCUCCCAUCUAGCAGAACGUGGAAUCAAAUCAACCUCUGAAAAUGAAACCAUCUACCGAUACCCAGAGGUCACGUCUACAUCGUUCGUCCUCCCUACGCACAAAGACUUCUCGCCAUCUUCGGCAACAGUUGCACACACUAGAUGCCUCGAGUUCUUGAAAAAGAAGUUGGAUGGGCCUUGGUUCGAUCUUGAAGAGAUCUGGGAGGAACACACCAGACUUGAAUUCGAGGCUCGUUCUGUCGAGGAUACAAUGAACACCAUGGUUCAAGAACCAUACGUCAAUCAUAUUCCAACACUCACAGGAGGCAUCGGUCGCAAAGAACUGUCUCAUUUCUACGCCAACCACUUCAUCUUCAACAACCCCGUUGACACCGCUUUGGAGCUUGUUAGUCGGACUCUAGGGAUUGAUCGAGUGGUUGAUGAGUUUAUCAUGAGCUUUACGCACGACAGAAUGAUCGACUGGCUCAUCCCUGGAAUCCCGCCAACUGGGAAGAAAUUACGAAUUCCGUUCGUGGCAGUGGUGAAUAUCCGCGGUGACCGACUUUACCAUGAGCAUAUUUCCUGGGACCAAUUGACUGUUCUCUUUCAGCUCGGUCUGAUGCCCGAAUAUCUCCCAAUCCCAUACAGUCUGCCAAAUGGACCGACGCCGCGGUCUGGAGGAACACUGGAAUGCCGUGUCCCUGGUGCCGGAAAGGAGACAGCCGAUAAGAUGCUCGACGAGAAUAGUGUUCCUUCGAACGAGAUGUUCGAAUUCACUGUGCGGUAA